CACAAGAAAAACUUGGUCUUAUUUCAAAACCAUGUUUCAUUUUGCUUCGUAAAGAAAAACUAAUGGAAAAACAACCUUCGCCAUCUACAAAUCCCGUUAAUCAAGCAUCUUUUUUGCUUUCUACUUUCGCUUCAGUCGUUACGGGUCACAAAAUGAUUCGUGUUCCCACGGCAAUUCUUUCACCUGACAAGGAAUUUCGCUACCUUUGGACCGUCAUAGUUACGGCCGCC